AUGUCAGCGCUACACGCAGCUUGCGAAUCAAACCCAGAGCCCUCUUACACGCUUCUCGGCCUCUUGUCUAAUGCCUUGGGCGUGCAGCAGAACUGUAACCGCCAUGCAACUGUCAAGUCUCACCGUCUCUUGACAACCCCGGUAAGCGAGUCAGGCCUAAUCCGAUCUAGAAUGCCCUUACCUGACGCAUGGCUACAAGAAUGCAGUAAGGGUUCUUCCAGGGCCCUUCUUCUUCUACAGUGGGCCGCUUCCCCGACAAGAAUGCAAAGUCGCCCCAGCGGCCUGAACACCGCCUCCAUGCCUGAGAAAGCCCGUCGCUUUGGCACAAUGCCACCUACAGAUGGAGUAAUGCACGAUGCGCUGGAACGUCUAGAAUUCCCCGAUGGAAAAGCAUCCAGCGGGCCCAUGCUCUCUCGGCAGGCCCAUGGCCAUUGCGUGCUAGUAGCACGCGACAGUGCAAGUGGUGCGGGGAAGCUGCCUGUGGCUGUGGUGGCUGUGCGGACUUGCGAGAUCUGGAUUUCUGGCAAGUGCAAGCUCAACUACUUGCACUAG